AUGGACUACGGAUAUAGCAACCAAUACUCCACCUCAUACGGGGUAAACGGCGCGGUGGACGGCGGUGGAUUCGUAGCGGGAGAGCCUCAAAGUAGCCCUGCUGCCGGAAAAGGAGGAUAUGGAAAAGACACAGUCAGACCUGUGACCAUCAAGCAAAUCCUCGACGCAGAACAACCCCACCCCGACGCCGACUUUCGUGCCGAUGGAGAGCCAUUCGGUCAAGUAACUUUCGUAGGCCAAAUUCGAAGUAUCAGCACGCAAGCGACAAACGUCACCUAUAAGCUCGAUGAUGGCACGGGACUCAUUGAAGUGAAGCAGUGGAUCGACAGUGACUCGAUUCAAGACAAGAUGGACGUGGAAUCAAACAAGCCUAGACUGGUUGAAGACGGUUAUUGUCGUGUCUGGGGCCGAUUAAAAGCUUUCAACAGCAAACGACAUGUCGGCGCACACAUCGUUCGACCGAUCACGGACUACAACGAGAUUAAUUACCAUCUCCUCGAGGCCACCGCGGUGCAUCUGUUCUUCACUAGAGGACCCCCACCAAAUGCGCAAUCCCACGGGCACAGAAACACAAACGCCGACGGCAUGACUGCUGGUCACCAAGAAUACGGCAGCGCAGCAGACGGCAUACUUCCCAACAUCUCGCCGUUGGCACGUCGUAUUCUCACCACGUUGAAGAACACUCCGCAAAGCAACGAAGGCCUGCAUGUUCAAAUGAUUGCUUCGCAGAUGGGUAUGCCAGUCACCGAGGUGUACAAGGGUACCGAUCAGCUUUUGGCUAUGGGGAUAAUUUUCACAACAGUUGACGAGAAUACCUGGGCAGUACUGGAAGCCUAA